AUGAAGGCCUUAGAUGACGUUGGAGUGGUAGCGGGUGUCUCCUCAGCAUGGGGGAACGACACCGUCACCAUUCACAUCAUUCGGGUCGGCAUGGGUCAUGAGCUCUACUCAAUCGUCAUCAAAACGGACAACAGUGGCAACGGUAGCAAGAUUAAUACCAUCGAGACCAUUGACUGGUCGCAGGAUCAGGGCGGAAACCCCAUUUCAGAGGCGUUAGCCAAAAAGCACGUGGUGGUUCUGAGCAGAUGCAACCUGGAGUGCGAUUUUGAGGCGGCUCCUGCCUAUGACUCCGAGGACUUUUUUGAUGAGCCUGCUGCAAAUAUUGUCCACAACAUCAAUGGCAUCAAUGGUAUCAAUGGCACAUCAUGA